AUGGUUCCAGACCAUCCGAAACUAUCACUGGACUCCUUGCACGAAGAUGCCGACUCGGUGGUCAAAGGUCUGGUUCACAGAUAUCCAGACAAGGCGUUGUUCCUCGUGAUUUCAGGGGGAGACUCGUUCUAUAUCCAACCCGAACACAUUCGCACUAUCGGGGACCGCCUAAUCAACAUCCCCCACAUCCGCCGCUUCCGCUUCGCCUCCAAGGGACUUGCGGUCGCGCCCAUGCGGUUUGUUGACCCGGUAGACGACUGGACCAACGCGCUCAUCGGCGUGUCACAGAAGGCGAGGAAUGCCGGCAAGUCAAUGGCUCUACACACGCAUUUCAACCACCCGAAUGAGUUCUCGUGGGUCACGGAAGCCGCGGCACAGAAGCUUUACGCGGCAGGUGUGACAGUCCGGAACCAGACUGUGCUGCUAAAGGGCGUCAACGACGACGUCCAUACCAUGUCGACGCUUAUCAGGAAGCUGGCGGACAACAAUGUCACGCCGUACUAUGUCUACAUCUGCGACAUGGUCCCGAACGCCGAGCACUACCGCACGCCGCUCCAGACCCUGCUCGACCUCGAGGCCCAGAUUCGGGGCUCCAUCGCAGGCUUCAUGACGCCGCAGUUCAUUGUUGACCUGCCAGGCGGCGGCGAAAGCGCCUCGCUUCCCGCGGCCGAUGCUCACGGCGGGAGGGAUAAGGCGGAGGUGUUUGAAUACUACGACCCCAUCGGUCAGGACGCUCGCGUAAUUCUGGAUUAG